CCUCGAGGUCUCGGUGCUGGCCCAGGCCGAGUCAGUGUCAGUCAGGGAGGCGGGUUGCUGAGCAGUGGGUUCGAACACUGCGUUGCAAUCUCGCCCCAGGGCCGGUCCCUGCGCUCGUGCCGCCGGCUGAGAAGCAUGAAGCCGCAGCUGGAGCAGCCACCCUAUGAUUGGCUGUGGCGCUUGUGAACCCGAAGUAAAGAUGGCGGGCGGGCAGGCAGCCGCCGCACUGCCCUCUUGGAAGAUGGCGGCGCGCCGCAGCCUCAGCGCCCGCGGCCGGGGGGUCCUGCAGGCGGCGGCGGGGCGGCUGCUGCCAUUGCUAUUGCUGAGCUGCUGCUGCGGCGCGGGUGGCUGCACGGCGGUGGGCGAGAACGAAGAGACGGUGAUCAUCGGGUUGCGGCUGGAGGACACGAACGACGUGUCUUUCAUGGAAGGGGGGGCGCUGCGGGUGAGCGAGCGGACCCGGGUCAAGCUGCGGGUGUACGGGCAGAACAUCAACAACGAGACAUGGUCCCGCAUUGCUUUCACAGAGCACGAGCGGCAGCGCCACAGCCCCGGCGAGCGCGGGCUGGGGGGCCCCGCGCCGCCGGAGCCGGACAGCGGCCCCCAGCGCUGCGGCAUCCGCACAUCAGAUAUCAUCAUCUUGCCCCAUAUCAUUCUCAACCGCCGUACAUCGGGCAUCAUUGAGAUAGAGAUCAAACCGCUGCGCAAGAUGGAGAAGAGCAAGUCCUAUUACCUGUGCACGUCGCUCUCCACGCCAGCCCUAGGCGCCGGCGGCUCGGGGUCCGCGGGUAGCGCCGUCGGGGGCAAGGGCGGCUCAGGGGUGGCCGGGCUCCCGCCACCCCCGUGGGCCGAGACCACCUGGAUUUAUCACGAUGGCGAGGAUACCAAGAUGAUCGUGGGGGAGGAAAAGAAGUUCCUGCUGCCCUUCUGGCUGCAGGUGAUCUUCAUUUCGCUGCUCCUGUGCCUGUCGGGCAUGUUCAGCGGCCUCAACCUUGGACUCAUGGCCCUAGACCCGAUGGAGCUGCGCAUUGUGCAGAACUGCGGCACCGAGAAGGAGAAGAAUUACGCCAAGCGCAUCGAGCCCGUGCGCAGGCAGGGCAACUACCUGCUGUGCUCGCUGCUGCUGGGCAACGUGCUGGUCAACACCACGCUCACCAUCCUGCUCGACGACAUCGCUGGCUCAGGCCUGGUGGCGGUGGUGGUCUCCACCAUCGGCAUCGUCAUCUUCGGGGAGAUCGUGCCCCAGGCCAUCUGCUCCCGGCACGGCCUGGCUGUGGGAGCCAACACCAUCUUCCUCACCAAGUUUUUCAUGAUGAUGACCUUUCCCGCUUCUUACCCGGUCAGCAAGCUGCUGGACUGCGUUCUGGGCCAGGAGAUAGGCACCGUCUAUAACCGGGAAAAGCUGCUGGAGAUGCUCCGGGUCACAGACCCCUACAACGACCUCGUAAAGGAGGAGCUGAAUAUCAUCCAAGGGGCGCUGGAGCUCCGCACCAAGACGGUGGAGGACGUGAUGACUCCCCUCCGGGACUGUUUCAUGAUCACCGGCGAAGCCAUUCUGGACUUCAACACCAUGUCGGAGAUCAUGGAGAGCGGCUACACUCGCAUUCCAGUAUUUGAGGGGGAACGCUCCAACAUCGUGGACCUCCUCUUCGUCAAAGACUUGGCCUUCGUGGAUCCAGAUGACUGUACUCCCCUGAAAACCAUCACGAAAUUUUAUAACCACCCCUUGCACUUUGUUUUCAAUGACACCAAGUUGGACGCUAUGCUGGAAGAAUUUAAGAAAGGUAAAUCUCACCUGGCUAUCGUGCAGCGAGUAAACAAUGAGGGAGAGGGGGAUCCAUUUUAUGAAGUUCUGGGAAUUGUCACAUUAGAGGAUGUGAUUGAAGAAAUCAUCAAAUCUGAGAUUCUAGAUGAAACAGAUUUAUACACUGAUAACAGAACGAAAAAGAAAGUGGCCCAUCGAGAAAGAAAGCAAGAUUUUUCUGCCUUUAAGCAAACAGACAGCGAGAUGAAGGUUAAAAUAUCACCACAGCUUCUCUUGGCCAUGCACCGUUUCCUAGCAACAGAAGUAGAAGCAUUUAGCCCAUCCCAGAUGUCAGAGAAGAUCCUUCUAAGGCUGCUAAAGCACCCCAAUGUCAUCCAGGAACUGAAGUAUGAUGAGAAGAACAAGAAAGCUCCAGAAUACUACCUCUACCAGCGAAACAAACCUGUAGACUACUUCGUUCUCAUUUUGCAGGGGAAAGUGGAAGUAGAAGCUGGAAAAGAAGGUAUGAAGUUUGAAGCCAGUGCUUUUUCAUACUAUGGUGUGAUGGCCCUUACAGCCUCCCCAGUUCCUUUGUCCCUGUCUCGUACCUUUGUUGUCAGCAGAACAGAGUUGUUAGCAGCAGGUUCUCCAGGUGAAAACAAGUCACCUCCUCGCCCGUGCGGCUUGAAUCACUCAGACUCUCUCAGUCGCAGCGACCGAAUUGAUGCGGUAACGCCGACGCUGGGGAGUAGCAACAAUCAGCUCAACUCUGCAUUCCUCCAGGUCUACAUCCCUGACUACUCAGUGCGAGCCCUCUCUGAUCUCCAGUUUGUUAAGAUCUCAAGACAGCAAUACCAAAAUGCCUUGAUGGCAUCCCGGAUGGACAAGACUCCUCAGUCUUCAGACAGUGAAAACACUAAAAUUGAAUUGACUCUUACGGAGCUGCACGAUGGGUUGCCGGAUGAGACGGCCAACCUGCUCAAUGAACAGAACUGUGUGACACACACCAAGGCCAACCACAGCCUGCACAGCGAAGGCGCCAUCUAGGGUGCCUGGCCCCCUCACCAGGCCGCCGUCCGACCACGAAUCCCACUAGUGUGAGCUUGUGUGCCAUGCUGCAUCCUGCAACGUCCUGACACCAAAGACUCUGUCCCCUUCCUGGAAGCAGCAGAGGAGGCCGGGGAGGGCAGGCAUGGAAACCGGAGACAGGAAGUCGACAGCCAGGGCGUGGCAUUUCAAGAUUAUGGAGAUGAACUUCUUCCGCCCAAAUAGAAUCAUGUUUAUUUUUUCAGCUGUACCUUUUUAUCAUUAUUCACUCUCCUCCUCCCUCGAUUUGCAUGAAGUUGAAAAUUGUCGCGAUUUAUUUUUUUCCGAGAGAUCAUGUUUUUAAAAAGUGUCUUUUGCAGAGUUGUAAGUUGUUCUGUCUGAACUCUGCUGUGACCCCAUGAUGUGACCGUUAGAGAAUGGACUUGUCCCUCCAGUGGCCUCCCUUGGGCCCUCCCUCCCCACCGCCCCAGGGAGGGGCACCCUUCCUCUGUGCCCCAGUGGGUGUCGCUGUCGAACCUGAAGGAUGAAUGACAGAGACCUGCGAAGGCUGUCAGCCCUGCGGUGGAGCCUCAACAGGGACCCGCAGUUGCCUCUCUGAGCUCAGUGUUGUUUUAAGUUAAUGUUUAACCGUGUCCCUUCCCCUCAGAAAGGUUUAACAUUUGCUUGAAAUGUGAUUUUGCUCCCACUCUAAGGAAUUUUUUUUUAUCACCAAAAUGAAUGUUAAUGAAUUUUAAACUGAUGGUUUAUCUUUGCAAGAGGCCAGGGUGGAUCCCCCCAACAUUCCCCCAGCCUGGGACCUCGGGCUCAGCCAAGCCUCUUCCCCCUCUGAACCUCCAGAGCACCGUCAUCCCACCCCACCCCCGGCCUUGCUCUUGUUAACCCAAGAUGCUGCUACACAGAUGCCAAAUGGAAAUCUUCCACGGGGCCCUCGAGUAAACUCAAGGUGUGUCGUCCACACUCCUGCCCUUCCUGCUGGGACGGUAUGUGGUUGUUAGAAAAGCAGUCAGACCUUCCAGCUGUGCUCUGUGCCCCGCCGAGAAGGCACGUCCAGACCCAUGUGUCUCACGAAGGGAACUCUGGGGACUGCCAGCCCCUGCCCCCCCAUCCAGGGAGCCAACUGUCCCUCUUCCCCUCAGCCCUGGGCCCAUGGGGCCCAGCAGGGUUGGGCUCUGUGCCUCUGCCUCAGACUCGGCCCAUGCCAGAGAGGCUGCCUGUAACAGCCAGGGUCAGUUUGGCCCCAAACAGGGAUUCAGAAACCAAAUGUGUGUCAUGGCCAUUUCAUGUGUGUGUCUGUCUUAUUUUAAUACCAGAUUCAUCACGUAUAGUGAGAUUAAUGUCAGGAGGUAUUUCUUGAAUGACUGAAUUCUUAACUCUUAGCUGUGUUUUAAGUGUUAACCCAAGGGAUAUGUGCAUUUUGGGGGCAACAUUCGUACACUGAAGUGACUUCCUACUGACCACAGUUUUCAUGUAGACCCGUCAGUCCACGCUGUGUCCAGUCUCUAGGCAAGAAGAUAGCGUUUUCUCCAUUGGGUCUCACUGCACGAAGGGAAGCCCUGGGGCUAAGCAGCAGUUUCUUCUCCUUCCUCCAGGUAGGACUGUACACCCCAGGCUGGGCGCUGGUGGGUGGGAGCUGUGGUCGGGGAAGAACCAGAAACACGCUGGGCUUGCCUCCCCGGGAGCAGCUCGGUGGCUCCAGUGUCGUAUGUGUGCCCGGCACAUGGCUUCCCCUGGUGCGUCGGUCCUGGAGCAUCUUCCCAGAAGGUGCCAUGUCCCUUGGUGAGGGAAGUACUGCCUCACUGGGUAGAAGUCACUGGGGUGCCCCUUCAGGGGCUGAGUGGCCUGCUGCCAGCACCCAAGAUGCCACCAGUGGGAUGGCACUGCCACCGUCAGGCUUGACAUAAAGGUUAAAGGUCUUGCUUUCUUAAGAUGCGUUGAGCUGAGCACACUGCCAGCGUGAUGUGACUCGGAAACUGGGAUUGUCUGUGUAGGGGGGCGUGCAGAAGUGAGAGUGCCCUGUAAUGAGGGAAACUUGGGCCUUGCUGGGGAAGGUUUCUGACCCAGCCCCCGGGCCACGCUCUGGGCCAGGACAGUACUUGCCGUCCCAGUGGUCUGGUGGGGCCAGGCUGCCAAGCCGUGGUACCUCUGGCCUCCAGGAUCUCCGCCUAUCAGCUUCCCCUGGCCGAUGUGCUUCGAUCUGCCCCCCACACAGUCCGUCUCCAGCACGUUGCCACUGGAAGGAGCCUCUGGAACCACUGUUACUGUGUUGGAUCUGUUUUGGAGUCCACCUGCUCCUCUGAGAAUUGUAAAGCCCUGGUGAGAGGAUUCCAGCUGCUGGCUCCUUGGCUUCAGGGAGAAAUGGAUAACUUUUCCACAUUGCCAUACCUGCUCAGUGUGGCUCUGUGAAAAGUCCUCUCUAAAGGAGCUGGUGGCAAGAGGGCUUUGCCGUGGGGCUCCUGGAGGAUGAAAUUUUAGUCUCCCAAGUUCGUAUUUAUUUUCUAUAAACUACUCUUUACCUUUGAUUUUUCACACUGUUUUAUAGCAACAGGGAAUCCCAAGUAGGUCCUGUCUGGUCCCUGAAGGAAUGAAAGCUAACAUUUGGCAACAGUCACAUCUCCUUUGAGGAAAGCUUAGGACCCUUCAGAUGUACCACUCAACAUCUGAGAGAUAGAUAUCUCUUCCAGGCCCCACUUUCCUUCUGGAAACUAACUUCAGGCUGUUGAAGGAGAGAUGCUGGCUCAUUGCUUCUGUGAGGCAGGCGAGCAGGAGAAUGACUUGGGCUUAGCAGGUCUGUGCAAUUUGUGUCUGUAAAGUAAAUGGGAGCAGGGCAGAGAAAGACCCUCAGAUAGUUGAGAUCUUGAUGUGUGGUGGCUAGUCCUUAGCACCACCGGUGGAUCGUCCUCUCCUUGGGCUGCCGGGUUUGUAAGCGUGAGUGAGGAAGUGGGUCAAGGAGCAGACACAGGCCCCGGGGUUCCGAAGCGUGUGGGAGCCCUACCAUCUGGCCCAGGGCCUCACUGUCCUCUUCAGUGUCCUCGGGGCCCCUGCUGCGAGCCCUGGCUCUGAGGGACCAGACAGGGCCACCUCCUGCUCCUGAGCAGCCAUUCCGGCAUCCCGAAUGUUCCUCCUGGAACUAGAUUCUGGUAUCCAGGUGUUUCCAGGACAAUCUGCUUUUUCUUCAUAAAUGAGACUUGCUAGUGCUUUAGAGGUUCCCUCUCUUUUAAUUCUCUGUUCAUCCAAAAUCAAGUGUUUAAACUUUUAGGAAAACAGAACCUUAAGAUUUGUGCAUGGAAAUUGGGAUGUUAGUCAACUUACAGUUAGCUUAAGCCUUGGUUCUUAUCUUACAUAAUUUGAAUUUGAAAGGGCACCCUGUGUAACUUUCCUCCCCUCCCUCCUCACCUCACUUCUGGAAGAGAGCUCAGUGCCCGUGCUGACAGGACUGUCUUCCCUCGGUGGGAAGAAUAGGGCAUCUUGCCAUUUCCUAAUAAUAUUUCAAGGAACUUUUGUGCACGUGUUGAAUGUAAAACUUCACACUAUUAUGGAACAUUAACUGUGAAUAUAUUGACCUGUGCUGUCCCUGGUACCAUGCAGUUAAAGGACCAGCUUUUCCAUGUCUUGGAAAACAGUGCUAGAUACAAGAAGUGCAUUUCCCUUAGGAAAUGAAGCAACAGGAAUUUGGGCUAAGCAGGGGCCAUGAACUUCUGUCCUCAGAUUACCUCAAGUCGAGGAGCAGACCUAAGUAGGCCCUGGCCCACUGAGCCUGUGUCAUGGCUGGUCAGAAACAAAACCCAACCCUGUCACCUUCUGAAAACCAGCCAGGGAUCUGACCACUUUCUCCUUCCCUGGGCCAGGAGACCAGUAUCCCUCCAGUGUUCGCCAGGGCCCAGUCCAGGUAGAGGACUCACCUGGGCUGGCACAGGAAGGUGCUCACCUUGUUCCCUGGGAUUCUAAGCAGGAGGCCACCAGGGAGGAUUGGCCUGGGGCAUGUCACAUGACACAAGCUCCUUGUUAGCACGAGGGCGGGAUACAACUCCCCUCUCCACUUUGAUCCUGGAGAUAGUUUUUCUUGCAGAGUGGUGGGGACUGCCAAACUGAGCUGGGCAGUUCAGGGUGUGGAGCUUUCUGAAGUGCCACUGCUCACUUUCUUACUUGAGGACAUGGGCUCUGGUCCCAGGUCAGGUGUGGUUCUGUUAUGGCCUCCAGACUAGUGGUGCUUCAGGCUAGCAAGGGCAUCUUGGAGGGCUGGCAGGUUAAUGCAGAAUUAGAGGGGAUUUAAGGAGUUCAAUAUGAAAGUGAUUUGGGAAUUCAGAAACUUUUCCCAUGUAAACGUUAUCAGUGAGGAACCUACUCAGUGGAUUUUUAUACCUCAGGGCCAUUUGCAGAUUUUUAUCUUUCCACAUUUCUUUUGUAUUUGAGUGGGCUGUUAGAAGAGAUGAGUUUGGGGAAUGUUGUUCAUUUGCUGUUCGUUGCCUCUGUUUUUGGAUGUGCGGGGCACCCAAGCCAAGCUUGCUCAAGGCUGUGACGGUGGGCCUUCCACCUCCGGCACGUGCGGGCAUCCUUCCUACAGGGAGCGCUUAUGAGCUGGCUUCCUCCUGCCCUGUCUGGAGAUGCCAGGAGUCCCUGGUCAGCCCUGAGAACAGGAGGGAAGAGGACAGUUCACAGCAGCUGCAGCACUUGAGGCAGCUUUCCAUCCCACCAUCUUGGGCUGGGAACCUUCUUUGCAGACUUCUGUGGCUGACUUGGCUCAAGUGAGCUUUCUCUCUGUAUAUGCUAGAGCCACUGACAUCAUCUCAGAAGAAUUGUUUUAAAUAUCGGGCUGUACUUGAAGCAACAUGGAAACAAAAGGUUCCAAGUGGCAAGAGAGUCAAGUUCUAGGAGUUUGCAUGCCAAGGUUUAUAUGUACACAGAUCCAACACGCACUGUAAAACUUGAGUGAGUACUCAUUUUCAAGUUUGAAUACCCACUGGGUAUCAGACAUGAACGACUUGGAAGAAUGACUGAGAGUACUGUCUUCAUUGGCAGCAUCUUCUGGCAUUUGCCCACAUCUGACCAACAAGGAUUCAUUUGAGAAGUGGGCCCAGAUUCCUCUUCAGACUUACCCUGGAGAGAACUAUCAAGUGUGGACCUGGAGGACCUGGGGUGCCUGCCUUUAAGCUGGAGGCCCAGGCCCGUUGGGUGUAAACAGCUGGUUGCAGGCUCACAGAGCAGAAGGGAGAGGGAGAAAAAAGGAAGGCCUCAGGCCUCUCAUUGCCCAGAGAGCCCAGCCUCACUCCUGGUUCAUUACUCCCCAUGUCUAAAGUCUACUGUGAAGGUGGAGUGUGUCAGUCCAUUGACUUUUCGUUUCCGGAGUCCUUUAAGUCCACAAAUGUAUAUGCUUUAUUUUAUAUUAUUAUUUAUUAUGUACAUACGCCUCUACUGUUAGUGCUCGUCUGUGACUAAGAUGAGAUCUGUUCCCGAGCCCCUCAUCCAUGGAGCCUAGGGUUCUUUUGUCUUUCAGAGUGGAUGAGAAGGAGCAGUUUUGUUUAUUUUCGUCUUAAACAGGUUGCUGCUCUUAUGUUGGUCCUAGCGUGCCAGGCCCUUUACUGGACCCGCCUCUGUUCCUGACAGCAAGUGUUUUGAGAUGAGGAUGGAGGCAGGUCUCCUACUUCACAGCAGGGCCUCUUCAGGGACCUCCGUGAAAUACUUUAGAGGUGGUUUCAUGGUGACUGGGUCUGUUCUCUAGGCAGUGGUACAGCAUGGCUUUGAGGCCAGGGCCUCCACUCCCACACUCCGAAGCCAGGUUGGUGGCCUGGCCCCACAGCAGGGAUGGUCUCCAGUUCCCACCUUGGAUCACAGGAUUCAUCUCUGUGCACCAGGGAAGCUGCCUACCCACCUGGGCUUCUGAGAUGCCUUUUCUUGGUUUUGAGGUCCAAUGCCAGCACUGCCUUGGCGCCUCACAGAAGACCUGCUUUGAGUCUGAUUUCCACCCUCCUUAGUCUUUACUCACUGUAUCAUAGUGUACAUUUCAUGCUUUGCGCAGCAAAGUUUUCUGAACACAGUUACCUAGAGCUGUGUCCAUAAACCUAAAUAAGCACAAACGACAUGUAUAGGUUUCAUGAGCUGAUUGUCAUAACGAAUGCAUUUUAUAAUUCAAACAAUGUUGUAGAUUUACAAUCUAUUUAUUUUGUAUCAAUUUAUUUGUAAAUUUUGUGAUUGUUUUAAAAGGUUUUUGUUCAUUUCUAUUAUUCUAUUUAGAUAAAUGAUGAUUUCUGUUCA